AAUGACUGCCCGAUCCAAAGAGCUUUUCAUUCUCCCUUCCUGCUCUCGAUAUUGGGGUUGAAGUCGUGAAGUAUUGAAGCCUCUUCCAGUCCUCGCAAAGUAAUUGACAAACGGAUGCAUUAUACAUGCAUUACAGUAUUCGCUAUACGCAUCGGUUGGAUAUACAGAGAGAGAGCGACUCAGACUGUAAGUAAGUAGUUGUUGAGAGAUAGAGAAAUGGGAUGGGGAUGGGCGAUUUACGAGGGAGUGGUGGUGGUGGGAUCGCUGUGCUUGCUGGGAUGGGCAGGGCUUUGGUUCCUGAACCGAAGACUGUACAAAGAGUACGAAGAGAAGAGAGCACUUGUUCAGAUCAUCUUCAGCGUUGUCUUCGCCUUCUCCUGCAAUCUCCUCCAGCUCGUCCUCUUUGAGAUCAUCCCCGUUCUCUCCAAAGAGGCAAGAUGGAUGAACUGGAAGGUGGAUUUGUUUUGUUUGAUAAUGGUACUGGUCUUCAUGUUACCUUAUUAUCACUGCUACUUGAUGCUUUGCAACAACGGUGUAAGGAAGGAACGGGCUGCACUUGGUGCCAUCUUAUUCUUGUCGGCGUUUCUCUAUGCUUUUUGGCGCAUGGGCAUUCACUUUCCUAUGCCUUCACCUGAUAAAGGAUUUUUCACCAUGCCUCAGUUGGUCAGCAGAAUUGGGGUCAUUGGCGUGACUGUCAUGGCUGUUCUUUCUGGGUUUGGAGCUGUAAAUUUGCCAUACAGUUAUCUCUCUCUCUUUAUCAGAGAAAUUGAAGAAACUGAGAUCAAGGCUCUAGAAAGACAAUUAAUGCAGUCAAUUGAGACAUGCAUUGCAAAGAAAAAGAAAAUCAUCCUGUGUCAAAUGGAGAUGGUGAGAAUUCAAGGGUCAGAAGAGAAGUUAAAGGCUAGGUCUUUUCUAAAGCGGAUUGUUGGAACAGUUGUGCGAUCAGUGCAAGAGGACCAAAAGGAGCAAGAUAUUAAAAGCAUGGAAGCAGAGGUUGAAGCUUUAGAAGAGCUCUCAAAGCAACUAUUCUUGGAAAUUUACGAACUUCGCCAAGCCAAGGAAGCUGCUGCUUAUUCUCGAACCUGGAGGGGUCACAUGCAGAAUCUAUUGGGCUAUGCAUGUUCCAUCUAUUGUGUAUAUAAAAUGAUAAAGUCUUUGCAGAGUGUUGUUUUUAAGGAGGCUGGUUCUGUUGAUCCUGUGACGAUGACUAUCAGCAUAUUCUUGCAGUUCUUUGAUAUAGGCAUCAACGCCGCAUUAUUAUCACAGUACAUAUCCCUCUUAUUCAUUGGAAUGUUGAUCAUUAUAUCUGUGCGCGGAUUCUUAACAAAUCUAAUGAAGUUCUUCUUUGCAGUUUCUAGGGUUGGGAGUGGAUCUUCGAGCAACGUUGUACUUUUUCUAUCUGAAAUAAUGGGGAUGUAUUUUUUAUCUUCUAUUCUUUUGAUAAGAAAAAGCCUAGCAACUGAAUACAGGUUGAUCAUAACUGAUGUAUUGGGUGGAGACAUUCAAUUUGAUUUUUACCACCGAUGGUUUGACGCUAUCUUUGUAGCUAGUGCUUUCCUUUCUCUGCUUUUGCUUUCUGCACAUUAUACAUCUCGCCAAGCUGACAAGCACCCAAUUGAUUAAUUGUUCAUAUGAAGCAUACUUGUAUGAUGGUAGUUAUGGUUUCAAUACAGAGAAGGAAUCAUACUUGAAUGAUGUUAGUUAGGUUUCAGUAUAAAGAAGAAACAUGGCAUUGAAUCUACUAAGGUUGAGACAAUUCCAGUGGACUGGAGGAAAAAUUAUUUUAACUAACUAGCGAGAAUGCCAUGCCAAUGCCAUAUGCCAAGGAUCAUUGUGUAAGUUGUUCGUACGUGGAGAAAAAAUUCAGUUAGGUCUUCAAAUACAGCAAUGCUUGCAGAAGGGUGAAAACUUCCAUUGGCUUUCAUUGUAAGGACCAUGUCAAGAAGAACAGAUGGGGUUAAAAGAUUGGUGCAUAAUUAGUCAUAUAUAUUGCGAGAUCCAGCAGCUUUGAUGAAACCAUGCUUACAAUCGUAAGGUUUAAUCUUUAUUGAUUUAUCAAUUCAAAUGUCUUUCUUUGAAAAUGUUUUUACAUCUGAAAUAAUGUCAACACCACGAGUAACAUUAACUGUGUCCUGCCAAAGGCAGUUUUGGUCCAACCAAUGUUUUCCCAACCUUUUCCA